GGAGAGAUGCCUGCAGUUCCGGGCCAUGGCCGCUGGGUGGCAGCCGCGUAGCUCGGGCUGGGCCGCUCUGGGCCGCGCUCCUCGCUCACCCUCGGACUAGGCUCCGGCUGCUAGUGGCUGUCGUGCCCGCGCCGAACGCCGACUAGCCGGGCUCCCAGCGCCGGGCCCAUCACCUCGGCUCCUCCGGGCCGGACCGAGGCCGCAAGCAGCGCCGCGGGGAGUGGGGCGGACCCAGGAGAUGAAAUGACAACGUCAACCCUCCAGAAAGCCAUCGAUCUGGUGACAAAAGCCACAGAAGAGGACAAAGCCAAGAACUACGAGGAGGCGCUCCGACUCUACCAGCAUGCUGUGGAGUACUUCCUCCACGCUAUCAAAUAUGAAGCACACAGCGACAAGGCCAAGGAGAGCAUUCGAGCAAAGUGUGUGCAAUACCUAGACCGAGCAGAGAAGCUGAAAGAUUAUCUACGAAACAAAGAGAAACAUGGCAAGAAGCCAGUCAAAGAGAAUCAGAGUGAGGGCAAGGGUAGCGACAGUGACAGCGAAGGGGAUAAUCCAGAGAAAAAGAAAUUACAAGAGCAGUUGAUGGGUGCUGUUGUGAUGGAGAAACCCAACAUACGGUGGAAUGAUGUGGCCGGACUCGAGGGGGCGAAAGAGGCUCUCAAAGAAGCUGUCAUUUUGCCAAUUAAAUUCCCACACUUAUUCACAGGCAAGCGUACCCCUUGGCGAGGUAUACUGCUUUUUGGGCCCCCAGGCACAGGCAAGUCCUACCUGGCCAAGGCCGUGGCAACAGAAGCCAACAACUCCACCUUCUUCUCUGUGUCCUCCUCGGAUCUGAUGUCUAAGUGGUUGGGGGAGAGUGAGAAGCUAGUCAAGAACCUGUUUGAGUUGGCCAGGCAACACAAGCCUUCCAUCAUCUUCAUUGAUGAGGUGGACUCCCUCUGCGGGUCACGGAAUGAAAACGAGAGCGAGGCUGCCCGAAGGAUCAAAACGGAGUUCUUGGUCCAGAUGCAGGGAGUGGGAAAUAACAAUGAUGGGACUCUUGUUCUUGGUGCCACAAACAUACCCUGGGUGUUGGAUUCAGCCAUUAGGAGGAGGUUUGAAAAGCGAAUUUAUAUCCCAUUGCCAGAGGAAGCGGCCCGCGCCCAGAUGUUUCGAUUACAUCUGGGAAGCACACCUCACAACCUCACUGAUGCUAACAUCCACGAGCUGGCCCGGAAGACAGAAGGCUACUCAGGAGCAGACAUCAGCAUCAUCGUGCGGGACUCCCUCAUGCAGCCGGUUAGAAAAGUACAGUCAGCAACACACUUCAAGAAGGUCUGUGGCCCUUCCCGCACCAACCCUAGUGUCAUGAUUGAUGAUCUUCUGACCCCAUGUUCUCCAGGGGAUCCAGGGGCCAUCGAGAUGACUUGGAUGGAUGUCCCUGGUGAUAAACUCUUAGAGCCUGUGGUCUGCAUGUCAGACAUGCUCCGGUCUUUAGCCACUACCCGGCCCACGGUGAAUGCAGAUGACCUCCUGAAAGUAAAGAAAUUCUCUGAGGACUUUGGACAGGAGAGUUAAAGCUUCAUGCUGAUAAUGAAAUUGGGAGUUUGACUGGAGCAAAUUCAUGGGACUUCCUCCACCAGUGGCCAGGCAGGGCCUGGAGUCCCGAAGUCACUAGUACCCCUCUGCUGCCUGGCUGUCAACCUAGUGGGAUGAUGGAAGGGCCUCCACAGCUGCAGAGAUGCUUCACCAUGUAGGACACCUGGACACUGGUUCUGCAUACUUCACUCCUGGAUGCUCACACUCCUUGCCCUGAUAUGUUUUUCUUGGUUUUUUGUUUUUAACUUUGGUUCCCCUAAAUUAAUGCUGCUUUGAUUUCUGUCUUGUUUAUAAAUAAAGAGAAAACUCAUCUGGAAGCGUUAGGAGUGGGAGCCACCAGGCCCCUGCUCCCUCCCACUCCUUUCCUCUGAAGUUGGCUACUUGAGAGCUGACCGUGGGGAAGGAAAAGCCAUCCCUGUCACCUUCCUAAGUGUGCACCUGGAGCUGCACCUUGCAGGAGCUGAUGGCUUCUGUGAGCACAGAGCGUUGCCAUCAGGAGAGACGACACUCAGGCAGGUCUUUAUUGCUGCCUUCACGACUGAGAACUGGGCCCAGCCUCUGCUGGUCCUGUCCCGGAGAUAUCUAAUAAACCCCUUUCCCUUCUUGA